AAGAAAAAGGCCAGCAACAUGGCGCGUCGAAAGCAGGAAAUCCAACUACAGCAGGAGAUAGAAACACAAGAGGAGUGGGAGGAUAUCAUGUCCAAGGAGGGACUAUAUGUGGUAGAUGUUUACCAGGAGUGGUGCGGGCCAUGCACUGGGCUUGUUGCUAACUUAAAACGAUUAAAAAAUGAACUUGGCGAUGACUUACUACAUUUUGCAAUCGCUAAAGCAGACACGAUUGAUGCACUGGAGAAAUACAGAGGGCGCUGUGAGCCAUGUUUCCUGUUCUAUGCGGGAGGAGUGUUGGUGGCUGUAGUCAGGGGAGCUAACUCUCCACAGGUAAUGAGAACAGUCACAGAACAGUUACAACACGAGCACAAGGUUAUUGAUGGCUCAGGAGAAAGGAAAGAGAUCAAGGACCCAUACAUUUCUAUGGUGGAUAACAUGGAUAAUGAAAUGGAUGAGGAUGAAGAGGAAGCAGAGGAUGGUCGGCCAGCCAGUAAGAAAGGCGGAAAACAAAUGAAAUUUAAGGGUGAAAUCAUCAAUUAUGGGGAUGAAAAUGACCGCUCACAAGAGACAAAGAAAGAGGUCACAGUUGCCGUCAUCAAACCAGACGCUGUAAAGGCUGGUAAAGUGGAUGAGAUUAUUGAGGAUAUCAAGGCCCAUGGUAUUGAGAUCCUGAAACAGGAAGAACGAUUGAUGACAGAGGACGAAGCUAAGAACAUCUACACUCAUCUCCAGGACGAGGAAUUCUUCAAUGAUCUGAUCACAAUCAUGACAAGCGGCCCAUCUCACAUACUGGUACUCACAAAGGGACGAACCGGUGAAAACAUUAUAAACGAAUUCAGAGAUCUGAUAGGACCUACAUCAGUAGAAGAGGCAAAGGAAAAUAAACCAGAAAGCUUGAGGGCAAAACAUGGUCAGGAAACAUAUAUGAAUGCCUUACACGGUAGCAGUUCUGAGGACCAAGCUAUGAGGGAGCUGGCCUUCUUUUUCCCUGAUUAUGCCAUACCAGCAGCUGAGGGAAAACCCAAACUACAGAGAACAUUGGCUCUUAUCAGGCCAGACGCCUUCAGACUACACAAAGAUGAGGUAAUACAGAUGAUUAGUGAUGCCGGAUUCAAGAUUGCUCUACAGAAGGAAAUGUCACUGACGAAAGAGAUGGCUGAAGACUUUUAUAAAGAACACCAGGGUCAGGAGUACUUUGAUGAACUCACGACACGCAUGUCAAGCGGUCCAUUGUUGGCACUUGGUCUGGCACGAGAGGAUGCUGUUGAGGGCUGGAGAAGUAUGUUGGGACCCAAAGAACUGGAAAAAGCCAAGGAAGAGGCACCAGAUAGUUUAAGAGCCAAAUUUGCUGUUGAGGAUGUAAUGGUAAACCAGUUCCAUGGUUCCGAUUCAGAAUCUUCAGCUCAAAAAGAACUCGAGUAUUUCUUCCCAGUACAACAAACAAUGGCAGUCAUCAAGCCGGACGCCUUAGGAACUAAAGAUGAAAUUAUUGAAAAAGUACACGAAGCCGGAUUUAAAAUUGCUGCAAGAAAAGAGACGACGUUAUCCAAAGAAAUUGCUGAAGAAUUUUAUUCAGAUCACAAAGACAAAGAUUAUUAUAAUGACCUUGUGGAACAUAUGUCAAGUGGUCCAACAAUGUUUAUGGUGCUUUCAAGAGAAGAUGCUGUAGAUGGCUGGCGGUCACUGAUCGGUCCUACCGAUCCAGAGAAGGCAAAAGAGGAGAGUCCAGAAUCGUUACGUGCCUUGUAUGGUGGAGAUAUACUGAAGAAUGCUGUACAUGGUAGCUCAAAUACUGACCGAGCCAAGGAACAUAUACAGAAGAUAUUCGGUGAUUUGAAGUUUACACCUGAGGGGUUUCUCAUCACAGACGAAGAAGAAAUGCAAGAACAAGAUGGAAAGACAGAAGAAGCACCCGGAGAGCAAACACAGCAAACAACAGAAGGAGGAGAACAAAAAGAAGGAGAAGAAAAGAAAGAGGAAAGUACAGAGGGUGGAGAACAGACAACACAACAGCAAGGGCAGGAACAAGAAGGGGAAGGAGAGGAAAAGAAAGAGGAAAGUACAGAGGGUGGAGAUCAGACAACAGAACAAGAGAAACAAGGAGAUCUAGAAGCACCACAAGAAGAACAGGCUGAAACACAAGAAGGAGACACUGCUGUAUCAAAGAAAAGUGCAGAAUCUGAGGACGCUGCUCCAGAGGAACGUCAUAGACUCAAAGAGGCUGAGACAGCCCAAACAGAGGAAGAGAAACCACAGGAGGAACAAAAGCCAUCAGAAGAAGCUAAACCAACAGAGGAGGAAGCUCCUAAACAAGAAGCUAAACCUGAGGAGGCAAAAACAGAGGAAGAGGCUCCUAAAGAGGAAGAAAAGACAGAGGAAGCUCCUAAAGAAGAAGAAAAGAAGGAAGAAGAGGUAAAACAGGAAGAGGAAGCUCCCAAACCCUCUGAAGAGGAAGCAAAGCCAGAAGAGGCGACAAAAACAGAGGAACCAGAACAGCAGUCUGAAGAACCAGCAAAGACAGAAGAAGCAGCACCAGAAGAAGCCAAGACAGAAGGUGAAGAGGAGAAGAAAGAAGAGACCAAAGCUGAAGAAGGUGCAGCAUAAAUAAGGAUGUCAAAUUGUGAUCUAAAGAAAGAAUUGGACCAAAAGAUGAUUCAUUACAAUCAAAAACUUCCAC